AUGCGGUUGCCCCCGGAUCUGACGGCAUCGCUGUCCGUGGGGUCCGCCGCAGCCGCUAGGGAUGCGACGCACACCUUUUCUCCUGCCACCGACACCCCCGCCCUGGUCCGCAGGACUUCGGUCUUUGCCAUCCAGGGCAUCGGCAAUGCUGGCAACAUUGUCGACCUUGUCAUCUGCCUGCUCUCGUUUUUCGGCGCCCUCGUCAUUAUUCUCCCCUUUCUGCUGAGCAAGAGCUCGAGGAAGCUCCGCCACGCUCUUAUCGUCGGCCUGGCUACGAGCGACCUAGCGGCAAGCAUCGUUGUCAUCGUCAGCACCGCCUGCCUCUUGGCCGGCGUGGAUCUGGCCGAGACGACGGCGCUCUGCAGCUUUCUCGGCUAUUCGCUCAGCGUCUCGGUGUUUGCCCAGCACCUCUGGAACCUCGCGAUCGCGCUGGUCACCUACAUGAUCCUCGUGCACCCGCUCUCGUCGUUCACGUUGACGGUCGAGCGCCGCCUGGUGUGGCUCUGGCCGCUCUUCUGGGGCAUCGCCUUUUUCGCCCACGGCAUCGCCUGGAUCUGGGCUGACUACGGCUACGUCGGCGGCUACUGCACGCUCAAGAGCGACACCUCGUUCGGCGCCGUCUUCCUCUUUGUCCCGCGGGCCGUCGUCACCGUCCUCAUCAUCGUCCUCUACACGCACCUCUUCUUCUUCCUCCGGAGAACCAACCUCUUCAAGGCGGUCUCGAACGUCUCCGGGUCACGGCAACGCUCCGGCUCCAAGUCGUCUAGCGGGCAGGCAUCUUCGCCCGCAGACGCCGGCGCGCGGAGCGGACACGCUCGGUUGGUCGCCAACGGCGCCACGGCAAGCGGCGGGACCGUGGGCGACGGCAACUCGUUUGCCACCGCACCUUUUCUCGCCGCAUCCUCGGACUCGUCGACGACCGAGGGCGUCUCUGGGUCGUCGAGCAGCAAGCGAUCACUGCGGACACGUUUCCUGUCUGCGGCGUCCGGCAAAAAGUCCGGCGCCGCUGCGAAUGGAGGCGGAGACGGCGAGGUCGAGGUGAUUUCGGACGCAGCGAGGCGGACAUCGCCACGUCCCGCCACGAUCGAGCUGCAGGAGUUUGCUAGCAGCAGCACGCUCAACCAGCGUCACGCGGCUCAGCAGAUGGAGCACGAGAGCGCCGCCGCUGCGAAGCGAGCAGCUGCCGCAGUCCAGGGUGAAGACCUCGAGGAUGCGGCCCGAGAGGCAAGGCGAGCUGAAGCCGGUGCCGCCGACUUCGCACUGCCAGGGCAGAGCACGGACCAAGACGUUGGGUGGAGCAACCUCCGCCGCGGCUCGGCGACACGGGCAGAUCUGCCGUCGCCGAUCGUGGUUGUCGACUCGCCGCGUUCGAGCACGCAAAAUCGGCAGUCUCGCGAGUCCCUCUACCGUUCAAGAUCAGCAUCGGAUCCGCCGGCCUCGGCGCCAUUGCCAUCGGGGCUGGCGACCUGGAGUGGCGCUGCGGAAACCGUUCCGAGUCACGCUGCCGAUGGCAAAUGCAGCGACGGCAGGCGAGUAGAGCAAAGUGGCAUGAGCAUGGAUGGAUCGACGCUAGCAUCGGCGCAAGACACUGCCACGUCCUCAGCGGCGCCGCAGAAGAAGUUCGGCGACGGCGCUGGUGCCGACAGCUCGCGAUCAACAAAAGCCGACGCUGCCCGGGCAGCACCGCCCCGUGGCCCACCACGGAGCCUUGGCCGCAGCCGAGGCGCUGCCGUUGCAUCGAAGAGGCCGUCGACGACCGAGACCUACCAGAAGCGGGAGGUGCGGCCCUCGAGAUACCAGGAGACGGGCGAACGGCGCGAAGGAUCUUCGUCGCACGCCUACACGGUGGGCGGCAGGGCGGGUCGACGGAUGCUGAUGCGGCGGGCCUCGUUUGGGGAUCUGAGCGAAGGCUCCGACUCUGACGAGGACCUGUACAGCUUCCGACCCAUGCGGCCGCGCAAGGACGUGAGCGACUUUGACAUGACGAGUGCUCCGCGGGAGCACCUCAAGCACCUCAACGCGCCCAAGAUCUGGGCCAACAUGGGCGAGAUGCUGGCCAUGGAGGGCGAUGAGCCGCACGCGGGCGGCGAGGCGAGGGCCGAAGACGACGCGCACCGCGCCGUUGCGAUCCCGAUGCCGCCGACGGCGCAAGACUUUGAGCAGACGUUGGGCGACGACUGGAGCUGGGGCAUGGACGUGACGUCGCCGGGCGAGGAGCCUAGGCGGGAGCGGCACGCCGACCGACGCGCUGCUGGGCAGACGGGCGGAAGCCAGCGGAGCCACCGUCUGCUGGCGCACUACCUGCAUCGGAGCGAGGGAAGGGCCAGCAAGGGCUCUGGGCAUCGCGGCCCGUCGUGCAGCGGCGGGCAGGUGUCGAGCGACACGACGGCGUCGUCUGGGUCCGACGGCCAAGGCGUCGACAGCCUGGGCAGCACGCUCAACCGGCAGGCGAGCCUGCUGAUGCUGCUGUACCCUGCGGCCUACGUGCUGCUGUUUUCGCUGUCCAUUAUCCGGAUCAUCGACGAUCUGGCCAACGACCAGGGGCGCACGCGCUCGCAAGAGGUGCUGCACACGCUGAGCCGCUGGUUCAUCUUUGCCCAGGGCCUGCUCGACGCCUUCAUCUUCCAAUUCAUCGAAAAGCAGUUCCGCAAGCGCAUGAAGCGGCGGCGUCGGCGCGCCAUGGGCGAGCACGUCGACGACCCCUUCUGGACAAAGGUGGGCCGCGACGCGGCGCGCACGCUGCGCCGGUGGCUUGGCCGCGGCGGCGGCGACGAGCGGCCGUCGGCCGAGGCCCAGGAGAUGGCCUUUCGGCGCGGGGCGGGUGUCACGUCGACGAGCGGUGCCACGUCGGCCAGCCAGCACGAUGGCGGCAGCACCAGCCGGCCGUAG